GAGGUGAUAACAAACACGCAACAAUGCAACAUGGUUUGAAAUUUUUGAAAAUUUCGUGAAUUUUGUGCCGAAAAUGUGAUUUAUUCUACGAAUUCUUCGAAGGAUAAGUUAUAAGAACAUGAAAGUAGUAUAAUUUUUCAAGAUACGCAAGUUCAAUAUGGGAGAUCGACGUUUAUUUGUGGGAAAUCUUCCCAAAGAUGUAUCGGAACCUGCGCUCGAAAAUUUGUUCAAUAAGUAUAAAGUCUCAAAAAUUGAUAUUAAACGUAAAAAAGUCUUAGAUGACGAAGCUGUAUUUGCUUUUGUUAAUAUCUCUUCUGAUAAUGUUGAUAAAUGUUUGUCCGAAUUGAGGAAUAAAAAGUUGAAUAACUGCACCUUGAAGAUAGAGCCGGCUAAAGAAAGCUUCCUUGAAAGAUUGAAAAAGGAGCAUCAUGAGAAAUACCAAUCAAAUAACAAAUCUAGCGCUCCAACAACUUACAAUUCAUUUCAACUACGUCAAAACUUCAACGGAACUAAAAAUAAAAAAAUAAUAUUUGGUGAUGAUGAUGAAAAUCCAGCUCCGCAAUCAACGAUCGAAGAAACUGAAAAUAUUCCUCACAAGCGUUACAAAUCUAACGAUCAAAGUACUUCCAAUUCAUUUCAAUUACGUCAAAGCUUCAGCGAAGUGAAAAAUAAAAAAAUAGUGUUCGGUGAUGGUAAUUUUGAAGAUUCGACUACUUCUAAACCAGCCGCUGAAACGGCCGAAGAUGUGCCUCGGCAACGUAAUUUACCUAUGUUUCGAGGCACGGCAUCCGUUUCAGUGAAUGAUACGAAACCGAAAGAUAAAAGUGCAGCGGUUAAAUCGAAGUUGCCGCAAGAAAACGUGAACAUCCAUAUUUCAGCUAAUAAUGCAAAUACCGCUAUGAGAAAAUUCGAAGAGUUCAGUGAUGUAUGGAAAGACGACUUCACGAGCAGCAAUUAUGAAAUUAGAAAAAUCAGUUUCAAAGAGAAACCUAAAUCUACCGAAAAAGAAGACGCUCAGUCACCAUCGUUCCAAAAUACUUCCAGUGAUAAACACAAUGAACGUAACCUAAUCACUGAAGAAACAAAUGAAAAAGUAUGGCCCAAUAAGAAAUAUCCUGAACGUAAACUUUUCAAUGGAGAGAAAAAAGAAAAAACUAUUGCAUGGAAAACUAUGAAUCGAACGAAUGAGCACUCAACGGAAAACUCAUCUAAAGAAACACCACAAUGGAGAGUAACGAAUACAGAAGAUGACCGAUUUAAAAUGGACGAAAAAUUUUUUGACGCCAACGAUACGUCGAUAUCCGAUGAGAAACGCAAACGUAAAAAAUCAGUUCACGAUUCGUUGGAAAAUGAAAUGAAAAAUGACAGCGUUGCAAAAGAAGUUUUCGAACACAGACAACUGGUUAGAUAUGAUCCGACAAGACCAGAUCAUAAAAUUUUAGAAAAAAAUGUUGAAAAAAAGGAUACCAGUAUACCCGAUGCGAAGAAAAAGAAAACUAAGAAGAAACAAGAAAAACAUCAAUCUGAAUAUGAUAAAAAGUCUGAACCUGUGGCGAAGCCCGAAGUUUCUAAAGAAAAACAUUACUCUGUGGCGGAUACAUUGAAAGAUGCAUUCAAAAAAACUGAAAGUCAAUCCGGAUUCAGCUUAUCGUCACUUUUUGAUCAGAAAAUUAAAGAAGAUACGUCUAGUCUCCCCAUUCGUGACAUAGAUUCAGGGAAAACAAUUUCGGAAGAUAAUUAUCACGCAGAAAAUAUCCCGCAGGAAUAUUCUGAUGAUGAGAGUGAAGAAGAUGUGGAAAUGGAAACACCCAUCGAUAUUCCAUCUACAUCAGCAUCGGAAAAAGUUCUUGGUAAAUGCGGUGUUUGGGGAGAGACCUUUUUCUUUAAAGAAAACGAUUCUCGAUUUAAAGAAGCUAUUGAUUUUUUCAAACCUGAAGAUGAAAACAAGGUUACUGAUUUUGAUAAACAACGUAACAAGCUCAGGAGUAUCGUUCGUAAGAAACUGCAAAACAGUAAGAAGGAUAAUAAAUUAUUCAAGCAAAAACUAGGAGGUAAAUUAAAUAAGUCAAAAUUUAAAAUGAGACUGAAGAAAGCUCGUAAUUAUUGAAGAAAGGAAAUCGAUGUGCGAAAACAUCUUCAACUGUGAUUAUAUUUUUUACCAGAAAAUUUUUCGUCUUCUAAACGUGAUAGAAGAUCGAAUGAUGUUGAUGAUAAUUUUAUUUUCAUGCGAAAUAAAAUAUUGAAAAAUA